GACGUAUUUCCUGAGAAGCAGUCCGCGGACUACCUCUCCAGUCCAGUCCCUGGCUAGAGGUGUAUUUUUUUAAACAAUUUGUUUGUUUUCUCGAUUACGCCGAUUUGAAGCGUUCCAGCAUGCGUCCGUAACUAUGUUGGCUUAUCGGUCCAAAGGUGGCUCAGACGAACCGGGUCUCAGUGAUGCCUUAGCGUCGCGUUACGUGCGACAGAGCAAGCAAACCUAUCGCAAAGUUUCCCUGUUGUACAGUAGAUGAGUGCGCGUGGACUUCAGUACAGUCCGGCACGUCAGGACACUUGAGUUUGUCCUCCUGACAACACUAACUUACUCUGAGUUUAGCUUUGUUUGGGCUCAGUCAGACACGGAGGACUUUCCGUCGUGUCCGUGGAUUUACUUGGUGUCCGAGGAAACGGAAGAUUAGCAGCUGAUGCCAUUGAGGUUAUUCCUAAAUCGUUCCAAGUCCAUCUCUCUUCCUCGGCUCUGUCUGUACAUGUGCCCAGGGCAGCACGGAUAUAGCAGAGGGCCGCUGUGUUGACGGACUUGGUGACUUCAGAAACUCCUGCCUUUGUUCCCUCCAUUGUGUCUGAUGGAUCUCAGGCUUGCCUCAUUGACACUCGGGACACUGCUGAUUCUCGUGACCUCUGGGCCUCGGCCAUCCAUUGGACAGAAGGUUUACACCAACACAUGGGCCGUCCACAUCAUCGGGGGAGAGCAGGAAGCUGACCGGAUCGCUAAAAAGCAUGGCUUUGUAAACCACGGGAAGGUAUUUGGAGAUUAUUAUCACUUCAGGCACCGCAGGGUUGUGAAGAGGUCUUUAUCAGAGCACAGAGGAAUGCACAUUCAACUGCACACAGAACCUCAGGUGAUGUGGGCCGAACAGCAGGUGGUGAAGCAAAGAAAGAAGAGGGAUAUUUACAAUGAGCCGGCCGAUCCAAAGUUUGCACAGCAGUGGUACUUGUACAACGAAGAUCAUCGUGACCUCAACGUGAAGGAAGCCUGGAAGCAGGGUUUCACUGGGCAAGGUGUCGUCGUGUCCAUAUUAGAUGAUGGAAUUGAAAAAAACCACCCAGAUCUGAUUCAAAACUAUGAUCCAGACGCUAGCUAUGAUGUUAAUGAUGGCGACCCAGACCCUCAACCUCGAUACACCCAACUCAAUGAUAACAGACAUGGGACACGUUGUGCUGGAGAGGUUGCUGCUGUUGCCAACAAUGACGUCUGUGGUGUCGGAGUGGCCUAUAAUGCAAAGAUCGGAGGUGUGCGCAUGUUGGAUGGAGAGGUCACUGAUGUGGUGGAAGCUCAGUCCCUCAGUCUCAACCCACAGCACAUUGACAUCUACAGCGCCAGCUGGGGACCCGAAGACGAUGGCAAAACAGUGGAUGGACCUGCAAAGCUGGCCAAAGAGGCUUUCCUACGCGGCGUGAUGGAGGGCCGCGGAGGACGGGGCUCUAUCUUUGUGUGGGCUUCGGGGAAUGGUGGCCGAGAGAAGGACAGCUGCAACUGUGACGGUUACACCAAUAGCAUCUACACGUUGUCGAUCAGCAGCAGCACGCAGAACGGCAACGUGCCCUGGUACAGCGAGGCCUGUUCGUCCACCCUCGCCACAACCUACAGCAGUGGAGCCCUCAAUGAGAAACAGAUUGUCACUACAGACCUCAGGCAGAAGUGCACAGACUCCCACACAGGCACUUCAGCCUCGGCCCCUCUGGCGGCAGGAAUCAUCGCCCUCGCCCUCGAGGCCAAUAAAAACUUGACCUGGAGAGACAUGCAGCAUCUGGUUGUGAGGACGUCCAACCCUGCCCAUCUCACCACCAAUGACUGGAAGAUAAAUGGAGUGGGUCGCAGAGUAAGUCAUUCUUAUGGAUAUGGUCUGCUGGAUGCUGGGGCCAUUGUGACUCUUGCAAAGAAUUGGACUAAUGUUGGACCUCAGCGGAUAUGUGUCCUUUCCCUGGUGUCUGAGCCCAGGAAUAUUGGGAGUCAUUUGGUGAUCAAGAUGAAUGUGGAUGCAUGUGCUGGGACGGCUAACUUUGUGAGCUCAUUAGAACAUGCUCAAGCCCGGCUCACCCUGUCCUACAACCGCAGAGGAAACCUGGCCAUCUACCUGAUCAGCCCACAGGGCACCCGCUCCACGCUGCUGGCACCCAGACCUCACGAUUACUCCUCUGAGGGCUUCAGUGACUGGGCUUUCAUGACCACCCACUCCUGGGACGAGGACCCUCGUGGAGAAUGGAUGUUGGAGAUCGAGAACGUGGGUGGGAUCAGCGACUAUGGCACUCUGACUCAGUUCACGCUGGUUCUCUAUGGCACAGCUUCUAGUUUAUCCGGCCCUUCAGCCGCAGACUCCAGCAGCUGCAAAACAUACGACCUCAACCAGAUCUGCACAGAGUGCAACCCCGGCUUCUACUUGUACCAGACGGGCUGCGUGAGAGACUGUCCAGAAGGUUUCACCGCAGGCUCCCGUUCAACCUUCCUCCCCAACAACGAGGUGAUGUCCGUCCUCCGUCCCGCCUGCCUGCUCUGUCACCCCGUCUGCCUCAGCUGCAGCAGCACAGGACCUCAGGACUGCCUCUCCUGCCCACCUAACAGGCUCCUGGACGCCGUCUCUGGCACCUGUCUGCACCCCAACCAGAUCCAUCGGGAGUCUCCAGACGACAGACUGUUUCAGGUGCGAGGCGACGUCUCGUCCAUCCAACUGCCGCUGACCGUGGCCGUGCUCAGCUGUGCCUUCAUCGUGGCUAUGUUUGUGGCCGUGUUCAGCGUCCUGCAGAUGCACACGCGCAUGCAGAACAAACUGCUCUCUGCUGAAGCGGGGGCUGGACCCGGCUUACUGGCCGGGUUCGGUUUCAAACGCACCGAAGUUGCCUACAAGGGCAUCCCGAGCGUUUGGCGGGAGGACGAAGGCAAUUCCGAGUCUGAAAACGAGGAAUUCGAGAUCCGCAACGAGAGGACUGCCUUCAUCAAAACACAAAGUGCUCUUUAACCCCUUCUUGCCCAUGUUCCUCCCCUCUCUAGCCUCUACUGCACUGUUGUCUCUUUUUGUGUGCGUGUGUGUUUUCCUUCUGGGUUAGUCUGAACAUAUCUCAAAUCUGGGGCUUUUGGUUUGCUUUUCGCACCUGUCGUAGUUAUAUGAGCCAUGCAUUCACCUGGGUGUUGACUUCUUGGUGCCUCAACAUGGAAAGCUUCCAGACACAAGUGAUGGGGACGAGUCAAUUGUCGCAGGGCCGUCCUGAAGUUACAAUAAACAUGAUUAUUGUUUGGUCUCUUCCUCUUGCCUACUGAGAUUUUGAGAAGAUUUAUUUGCAUAUGAGAAAAACAGAGCUUGUCUUUCAGUGGAUGAGUAAGUGUGUGAGUGUAAACUACGUUUAUAUGAAGUCGGUCAGUGCUGCAGAGGGUCGGAUCCACUGGAUUUGCACAGGGAGUCCUUUAGAAGAACAUAUCACUAUUUCUACAUGGUCAGAGAUGUGUUGUGUGUUACACGCAUAUUACUGCUCCCCCUAGAGCAUAUACAUUGCUGAAUUCAUGAUUAUUUAAUGAACAGUAUGCAGUUUAAAGGAAUAGUUCUCCAAAAGAUGAAACCUGUCAUCAUUUGCUCACCCUCAUGUCAUUGCAAACCUGCAUGAUUUUCUUGGAAAAUAUUUUGCAGAAAGUCCUAAUGCCUCAAAAUCUAUAUUUGUGUGUGUGUGUAUCUGUGCACAACAUAAGUAUUGUGUUUGUUAUAGAAUCUCAUUCAAAUUCUCAUCAUUUUUUCAUCAAAGGGUCAAAAUCAUGGCAUCAAACCUAGUGUGGUUCAUUAUUUUGUAAUUGUAACAUUUAAUUUAGUCUAGGAUGAAAAUAGAAUCUGGAAAUUGCCAUUUAGCUGAAUAUUUGUCUUGAUUGUCAUUUAUAUAUAUAUAUAUAUAUAUAUAUAUAUAUAUACAAAACAGCCCCAUAACAUUAUAUUAUAUAUAAAAUGUCAAAAUUUGUGAACGCAAAUAGCUUCUGAAUUGCUCUGGUGAUUCUUUAGUGUCUUUUGUGCUUUUUUGAAGUAAGAUCACAUGCAGGUUUGAAAUGGCAUGUGUAGGUGAAUAUGGUAAAUAUUUCAUCUGUGUGUUUCUCUGUGAACCGCAGUAACCCUGCGCUCUCUGACCGUACCGCAUGUACGGGAGAAAACUCUGAUGUCCCUCCGAGCCAGCUCAGCAACAUUGAGCUCUUCUCUUUUCUAAAUCUGUCCUCCAGUCAAGGUUUUAAAUACUACAGUCCCGGCUAUAGGCCUAUCCUGAAAAGAUCUGGCCUCCAUAUUGUCAUGUUUGUGGGGAUCAUCUACUUGUGAUAUACAGAUGUUAGAGGGGUUGUUCUAUACAGUAGGGGUGUGUUUUUAAAAUAAGUCCGAGAAAGGGCUGUGAUGACCCUCAACCAGAGCAGCUGUCAGAUAUCACUGCAGUUUUAUAGAUGCAAAUAAUUUCAUCAGGUCAUUUUCUUUGCAUACAACUGUUUGUUUGUAGUAGUAGACUUGGCAUUGUCAGAUCAUCCGCCCAGAAUAUAGUACUUUUGUUUUUUGUUUUUUUAAUAUGAAUCACAUAUACAUGAUCCACAUAUGUUGGUCUUAUGCAGUAUCUUUACAAAAUUACAAUGUUAUCAAUGGAAUCUGUGCAAUAGAGGCCCAACAGAGUGAUGCUGAUGCUCUGGCUUCCUUUUAUAAUCUAUCAAAACGAUUGGCAGUAACCGCUUUUCAAAACCAUUGUUUCUAACUUUAACUGUGUGAAACAAGGACACAAACUCUGCAUCAUCUUCAGCCUUGCCUUAGUUUAGUUCAAACACUUUUUAUACAAUGAAUACAUCAAGGCUCGUCUUUAUUUUUAAGCGUGUCCUGUACAUCUACACAGUCUGCAGACGAUCAGAACAUCUUCAUUUACGACACCGUACAGUUUCAGAGCUGAUAAAAAUGAUGAGACCUGACAGUAAUGUUAUUUGUGGAUCUGGUUUCUCACUGUUCUUAAAACAAGGUUCAAACUGGAACUUUUCAUCCCUUCUUUUAUUAUUUGUAUAGAGUGAAAAUUGAAGCUGCAAAUUACUAUGCAGCUAAACAAUUGUCUUUAUACAUAGGUCUUCAGUUAGUUUACAUGGAAUGAAUUUGGGUAAAUAGGGCCACAAUUUUUGCAUUAAUUUUGCAUGUAUAUAAUCUAUAAACACGCGCACGCACACUGAGUUAAAUCUACUUUCUAUUAACACUUUCAAAAUACAUGUUUAUUAAUUUCUCUACACUUUUGUUUAGCUAAACUAGGGGUCUCCAAACCCUGUCCUGCAGGGUUUAGCUGUAACCUUAAGUAAAUGCACCUCAACCAGCUAAUAAAGGCAAGUUGGAGCUAAGCUCUGCAGGACACCGGCCCUCCAUGACUGAGUUUGGAGACCCCUGUGCUAAACUGUAAAAUAGCUGUUCUGCUCCCUGCAGGAGUUAUUUCAUGUUACAGUGGUUUUGGAAAAGCCUUAAAGAGUGUGAAGGCAUGACCAAAGAGCACAGGUUUAAAAUCUGCUUGCCUUAGAUUGAUAAUAUGACCUGAAAAAAAACACUGAAAAAAAAAAACCUAUAUUAAUUGGGUUCGCUUCAGUUUUGAAUUGGUUAACUGAUUUGGUCAUACACAUUCAUAAAAGUGCUUCGAGUGGUUGUUAAAUAAAAUUUUUGCAGUUGUGGUCUAAACUCAUGUCAUGACUUCAGUUUUUACCAAUGCCACACACAAUAGGGUUUCACCCUGAUGGUGCGAUGAUUGCAUUAUGCUUUAAGGGCUUGAGUGUUUGUUUCUGUGUUUCUUUGCCUCCGUGUGUGUGUGUGUGUUAAGCCUCAAGCAAGAACCAUCUGGAGUCAUAGGAUUAUUUUCACCUUUAUUUGAAGAGUCAACUGAUGUAUGUAGUUCCCCAAGUAGAAAACACCAAUCAUUUGUUUGACUACCUGAGACAGAACAACUAUAUAAAAAUGAGGCCUAUUUUUGUACUAUCAAUGGUGCAUUGUCAUUUACAUGUAAUUUAAAGAUUAUUUUGCUCUUCUUUUUUUUCCUUUCUUCUAUUUAAUUGAUGUCUAUAUGCGAAUUAAAGAUUAUACAAAUAAAUAAAGAUCUAUGCAAACUUCA